AUGGCAGCUAUUGGUCUCGAAGAACUUAGUUCUGAGAUCUUAUCAUUGAUGACAUUGGAUGAACUUAUAGGUAAAACAGCAAAGCAGAUAGCUUUUGAAGACAUUGCUUCAGCAAUUAUACAGGGAAGGAACAAAGAAGGGGCUAGCUCAAGUGCUGCUCGCACCGUUACUGCUGUAAAAUCCAUGGUAACUGCAAUGAACAGCGGUAGAAAGGAAACCGGAAUAUGGAAUGUGAGUGAAGCCCCUCCGACAAUUGAUGACAUUUUGGCAUUCUCAAUACAGAAGAUUGAAGUUAUGGCAAUAGACGCUCUAAAAAUUCAGGCUGACAUGGCUGAAGAAGAUGUCCCAUUUGAUGUGUCUCCAGUUGAUGCGAAAACCAUUGGAGCUAAUGGAAAAGUAUAUAAUCACCCACUGGCUUCUGCAGUUCCUAUUGAGGACUGGAUACAGGUUACCGGCACAAAAUGUUCUGAUGGUGCUUCAGACCCACCAGCCGUAACAUUGUCCGUGCUACAACGAGGAGACAAGAUACAAAGUAUCGAGUUUAGGAGUUGGGGGCUUAAAAGUGAGAACUCCAGGAAGAAAAAUGUAUGGGACACUGAAAACCAAAGACUAACUGCAUUGCAGUGGCUGGUAGCAUAUGGAAUGGGGAAGGCAGGUAAAAAUGGUAAGUGCCUCGAGUUGAAGGGACCGGAUCUCCCGUGGAGCAUUUCCUCACGUGUAUUGGCAGGCAUGUGGCUCAAACCAACAAAGAAUCCAGAUGUCAAAUUCAGCAAGUGA